AGCCAUUUUGGCUCAAGCCACUUCGAACGAAGCGCCUUGGCACCGCCCGCCUCACACUGCUGCAGCGCGUCGCUGCAGCCGCGGCAAGCACCUGCGCAGCCAUGCGCAGCUCGCUGGUCCUCGCGAUCCUCGCCGCCGGCGCGGCGGCGGGCGAGGCUGCGGCGGCCCAGGCCAACCCCGUCCGCAAGGUCGUCCAGAUGCUCCAGGCCAUGCAGAAGAAGGUGACCCAAGAGGGGGAGCGCGAAUCCGAGCUGUUCGAAAAGUUUAGCUGUUAUUGCAAGACGGGAUCCGGCGACCUCUCCAAGAGCAUCGGCGACGCGGAGACGAAGCUCCCCCAGCUCGCCAGCGAACUGAAAGAUUCCGAGGCAACGCUCGCUGAGACGAAGGAGGGUCUGAAGCAAGACCAGGAGGACCGCUCUGCCGCCAAGGCUGCGAUCGCGGAGGCGUCUGGGAUCCGAGAGAGAGAGAACGCCGCAUACGUCGCCGCGAAGGAUGAGUUCGUCGCCAACAUCAACGCGAUCGUGAAGGCCACCGUGGCGCUGGAGAAGGGGAUGGCGGGCUCCUUCCUGCAGACCCAGUCGGCCAGCGUCCUGAAGAGGCUCCUGCGCGCACCAGCAACCCGGGACAUGCUCGAGGAAGACAGGCAGACGCUGUUGUCCUUCUUGUCGGGCAGUCCGUUCUCCCAGGGCUACGCCCCGCAGAUCGGACAGAUCGUAGGCUUGCUCAAGCAACUCGGUGACAGUAUGGCCACCAGCCUUGCCGAGACCAUGAGUGCGGAGGAGAAGGCCGUCUUCACGUACGGCGAGUUGAUGAAAGCCAAGACGGCAGAGGUGAACUCGUUGACGGAGGCAAUCGAGGCCAAGACCGUCAAGAUCGGCGACCUCGGCGUUGCCAUUGUUCAGAUCAAGGACGAUAUCGGCGACACCUCAGACAGCCUCGCCGAAAACAAAGAUUUCCUCAAGGAGCUGGAGAGAGGAUGCGACACCAAAGCCGCAGAGUGGGAGGAGCGCAAGAAGACCCGGUCGGCGGAGCUCCUGGCCCUGGCGGAGACGAUCAAAAUUUUGAACGAUGACGACGCUCUGGAGCUAUUCAAGAAAACAUUGCCCGCGCCCGGUGUUGGCCUUGUGCAGGUGGACGUGACCCAGGCCACCAUGCGCAAACAGGCGUUGGCAGCAGUGCAGUCAGCUCGCCGCUCCGACCAGCAGGGCCACACGAAGUUGGACCUCAUCAUGUUGUCGUUAUCUGGCCGCAAGGUGUCCUUUGCAAAGGUUGUUUCGAUGAUCGAAAACAUGGUGGCCAUGCUGAAGCAAGAGCAGCUGGAUGACGAGCACAAGAAGGAGUACUGCGAACUCCAGUUUGACGGGUCUGACGACAAGAAGAAGUCUCUCGAGUUCAAUUUGGAAACGGCUUCGAAUUCCAUUGACAAGACGGAGAACGGGAUCGCGCAGGCCACGGAGGACAUUGCGACCCUCACUGCUGCGAUCAAAGCACUUGAUGAGUCUGUCGCGGAGGCUACAGCCCAGCGCAAGAGCGAGAAUGAGGAGUUCAAGGCACUGGUCGCUUCAGACUCUGCCGCCAAGGAGCUGCUGGAGAUAGCGAAGAACCGCCUGAAUCAGUACUACAACCCUUCGCUCUACAAUCCCCCAACCAAGACGGAGCUGUCGGCCGAGAGCAGGAUCGUAGUGAGCAUGGGCAACCCGGACGAUAUCGUCACCACCACGCAGCCUGGCGGCAUUGCCAACACCGGUGUCACCGUCUUCGCGCAAGUUUCCUCGCACCGCCAGGGUGCGGGCGUCGCACCUGCCCCGCCGCCAGCGACUUGGGACGCUUAUGCUAGCAAGGGCGGAGAGAGCACAGGUGUGAUAGCGAUGAUAGACCUGCUCAUCAAAGACCUCGACACCGAGCUGACCGAGGCCGAGACUGAUGAGAGGGAGUCGCAGAAGGACUACGAGAGCAUGAUGGCCCAGUCCGCGAAGAAGCGCGCCGAAGAUUCCAAGGCGCUGUCGGACAAGGAGAAGCUGAAAGCGGACCUGGAGGUGGACCUCGCCGAACUUCGGCGCACCAAGCUUGCGACUUUCAAGGAGCUCCAGGCGACGGUGAAGUACAUCGCGUCUCUUCACGCUGAGUGCGACUGGCUCCUGCAGUUCUACGAGACGCGCAAAGAGGCACGCAGUGGCGAGAUCGCGUCCCUGACGGACGCGAAGGCCGUGCUGAGUGGGGCGAGCUACUCGUUCGUGGAGCGGGGUGCCCACCGUGGCUCCCUCCGCAGAGCAUGAGCCAGCGCCCCCCCCGUCCUGCGAGGGAGACGCGCUCCUCGGGGCGUGCCGCGGCCCUCGCGGAGCCGAAGCGGAGCGGGGCACUUGCUGCGCGCGUGGCUCGACAAA